AUUUCUCUGCUUUAUAGUGUCCAGUUUGGGUCGUUCGGGAUUUAUGUGACAUUUAAAUUGGUGUGACAUUUUAUUAUUAUAAAUUACAAUUUACUACUACGAAGGACUAGGUACCAGUCAAAACAGUUUUGUUUUCAUGUCUGUAUAUGUGUUUAUGGGCGACAAUACAUGGAUAUGCUGUAGCGCGUCCUGCCAGGAUCCCCAUCGUCCUGCGGGCAACGAGGGACGACAUGACGGCCGUGACCGCUUGAAGUGCUGAUUUUUUCGCUUCUGUCGCAUCGUAGCUGUUUGGGAUUAUUCCGUGGAUGUGCUUCUUGGUGACCGAAAGGCAUUUUUAGCGUCGCUGCAGUUUUCACGACUAUUCUUGGCGGGAUUCGAGGAUGAGCGAGGAGGAGAAUCUCCUCCUUAGCGCCAUAAUAGAGAGCAGGAGGCUCAACUGUUCCCAGGGGGGCCAGGAGGGGGCCGCUAGCGCUCUCACGUGUCCCGUAUAUUUUGACGGAUGGUCCUGCUGGCCUGAGACCCCUGCGGGAUCGGUGGCCAAUCAAUCAUGUCCUGAUUUCAUCCCAGGAUUCGAAGCCUCUAAUACUGUUUACUACAAGUGCGAGGACGAUGGUACGUGGUAUUUCCACGAACCUUUCAACAAAACGUGGGUGAAUUACACCACUUGCGUAAACACGGAGGAUUUGUCGUUUCGUACAAUCGUGAUAAUCAUCCAUUCAGUGGGAUACAGCAUCUCCUUAGUGGCUUUGCUCAUAUCUUUGGCUCUGCUGUUCUACUUCAAGUCGUUAAGAUGUGCAAGAAUACUUAUCCACAUGAACCUAUUUGCUUCGUUUGCGAUCAACAAUUUCCUGUGGUUGUUGUGGUACUACUUAAUGUUCGAUGAGACUGAAUUACUGUUUGCAAAUAAGCCCUGGUGCAUCGCACUACACACGAUCCUCUACACUUGCCUGAUCUCCAACUACUCCUGGAUGCUGUGCGAAGGCCUCUAUCUGCACACCGUGCUUGUGUGGGCAUUCAUAUCGCAAAGCAACCUGCUGGUGGGUAUGAUGGUGAUAGGCUGGGGAAUUCCCCUGGUCACGACCAUUAUCUACGUGCCUGUGCGCAGCGUGAUGGGCGAAGGCGAGGAAUUGGAAAUGUGUUGGAUUAAAGACUCGAGGUUCGAAAUAAUACAUCAGAUCCCUGUGGCGGCCACCAUACUCCUCAACCUGUUCUUCCUCAUCAAUAUAGUGAGGGUGGUCGUCGUGAAGCUGAGAAGGGGCCCCGCUAACGAUGGACAUGGAUCGGGAGCUUCCAGGUCAUCAUUGCAAGCUUUGAGGGCGACGCUGCUUCUGGUGCCCCUUCUGGGGCUGAACUUCCUGCUCACCCCGUUCCGGCCAGAGAAGGGCGGCCUCUGGGAAUACUUCUACGAUUUGCUGUCCGCCAUUACGACGUCUUUCCAGGGGCUUUGUGUGGCGAUCCUCUUUUGUUUCUGCAACGGCGAGGUCCAAGCCCAAAUCAAGAGGAAAUGGAGCACGGCGAUGUUUCGGCCAAGGGCCAACUCGUGCACAGUGACCACCGUCUCGUACGUGAGGUCUUCUUACCCGGCCAACGGCAAGGAGAAGGUAUGACUAGGGGCCAUAGGUCGGAGAGCCUCCCAGUGGGUCGCGGAUAGAAGGGCUUCUAGCAUGCUGGUGAAGAACAACGACGAGGGCAUAGCGCAGUGCGUCUAAGUCGCGAUAUGCAUAAACAUACUGUUACCUGUGCCACAGCUUAUAGCAAUAUACAGACUUAGAGGUAAUGUCUUAAACUAAAAACCCUGUAGCCGUCGAAGUUGAUACAUGAAAUGAACUGGUGAGUGGAUAUUUUAACGAGCCUUCAAGGUUUUAUUGUCCCUCGCGUGCUUCAGAAUGGGAAUAAAUCAGGUGUGGGAUAAAAAAUAAAUCAGGUGUGGGAUAAAAACGACAAAGAGAAGUAUAUAAAGCAAGCUGUCUCUAACGGAGUCCUCAUAUUACAUUUUUGUUCUCCGCUAAGAGAAUGAAAUAGCGCCGGUUGUGUAAUUGAGGUUUUUCCCCCGUGGCGUUUCUGAAAGACGCCGUUUCGCCGCUAGAUCGAGACGCGUAUCUGUCAUCUGUUAUAGGAAACUUUAACACUUUGUACACAAACAACAAGCGUCGAAGCUCUUCCUUAAUCCUGACAUCCAGAACACAGACGUAGUAAAUUUGGGUUGGGUUUUAUUGGCGAACGGUUACGUUAUACUGAGAUUCCGUUUUAGUGGGGUUUUGGAGGUAGUGGAUAUCACCGGUUUUAGUUUUAGGACCCAAUUAUUCUCAGAUUGCCUCCAUUAUCAAUUUUACUGCCGACAUGCUGAUUGAAAGGAGCAGGAAUUAGUACAAUCGGGCGUUUUCCAGUUUUUGAACUGCUUCACGAAAAGAAAUUACGUUAAAAAAUACGAGACCCGUAUUUUUUCAUUAUUCAUUUUGACCUCAUUUAAGUCAUAAAAAUAAUUUGUGUUGUAAUGUCAUUGAGCAAAAAUUUCAAAUCUACCGCCAAAUUUGUAAUUUUUGAAAUUCUUAUCUGUCGUUCAAUCUGGUAGUGGUGGUUUCCUUCCAGUUAUUAAAGAAACCGCAACGACCUCUAGUGAGGGAUGAGGAAUUAUUGGAUUUACAGAAUCCUACCUAAAAAUCGGUAUGCGAACGGAUAUUUAGGGAUUUUCCUAAUUUUUCACUUAGUGACGUCAUACAAAUAAAAUAAAAUUUCAAAUUAAACGAAAAAAAAUUCAGUUACAAAGUAGAGGUUUUUAAUUCUUAGAAAUAUUCAAAAAAUGUUACCGAUAAAGAGGGUGUAACGCUGAAGAAACAUUUUCCUUCGUCCAAAGUUAAAAAAAAUACCUUGAAGGUCAUUAGAGGUCAAGUUGAAUAUUUUAAAUGGAACCGUAUACUUUUUUUGCGCAGAUAUGGGGUAUGCUGGCAUUAUUUUAUCAAAAAUUGUCCACCACUGGAAAAAAUAUAUAUUUUUUAUCAUAAUUCCAAAAUUUGCAUAUUUAAUGUUGAACAAGAGUAAUUUCUUGAUUUUUUUUGGAUAGCUUUUACCGUUUGACACAUAUCCGCAAUUCGUAUAGACGAUGCGUUAAGUUUUAGAAUUAUACAAAUUGUUACACAAAAACUUGUCAAAAAUAUUUUUUAUAUAAUCAUUUGUCCUGGAAACCCAUUUUUUGAAAUAAGGAUGAUAAAGUGUUCAAAAAAAUCAGCCGUUUUAUCAAUAUAGAAAUCGUUAGCAAAGUAAAAGUUACGAGAAAAGACGUUUGGAAAAAUAUAAAAAAAAAUAUAGUGGUUUGUAGAACGUUAU